AUGGCGUCCGGACGCAAGGAUUUCCUCAGUCAACAGGCGCCGGAGAACUAUGUCGCGGGGUUGGGUCGUGGCGCAACGGGCUUCACAACGCGGUCCGAUUUGGGACCAGCGCGUGAGGGACCGACACCCGAACAGAUUCAGGCGGCGUUGACGAAACGAGCACAGCAACUGGGAGCCGCAGCCCCCACUGCGUAUGGUAACAACUCUCGUGAGAAGGGAGGCAAAGAAGAGAAAGAAGAGGAGGACGAUGAGCGCUUUCAGGAUCCAGACAACGAGGUCGGUUUGUUUGCCUAUGGACAAUUCGACCAGGAGGAUGAUGAGGCGGAUCGCAUUUACCGAGAAGUUGACGAAAAAAUGGAUAAACGUCGGAAAGCUCGAAGGGAAGCCCGAGAGCAACAAGAACGAGAUGACUACGAACGAAAGAACCCCAAGAUUCAACAACAAUUUGCCGAUCUGAAGCGAUCGCUCGCCGCAGUUUCCGAAGAAGACUGGGCCAAUCUCCCUGAGGUUGGUGAUUUGACAGGCAAGAACCGAAGAGCCAAGCAGAACUUGCGCCAGCGAUUUUACGCUGUUCCAGACAGUGUCAUUGCGGGUGCUCGAGACUCGGCUCAGUUUGACACAACCAUCACCGAAGAUGGCGCUCCCGCUGAAGGAGCUGAUGGCGGCGACGGGACCAUGACAAACUUCGCGGACAUUGGUGCGGCGCGUGAUAAAGUGCUGAAAGUCAGACUAGACCAGGCAGCAUUGGGGUCUUCUGCGGAAGCCAACGCUUCCGGAAGCGCAACCAGCAUCGACCCUAAAGGCUAUCUUACCAGUCUCACCCAGUCGGAGCUCAAGGCCGGCGAGGUCGAAGUGGGUGAUAUCAAACGAGUGCGCGUCCUGCUAGAGUCUGUCACUAAGACCAACCCCAAGCAUGCGCCAGGCUGGAUUGCUCUUGCCCGUCUUGAGGAGCUUGCAGGGCGUAUAGUGGCCGCUAGAAAUAUCAUUGCCAAAGGUUGUGAACUUUGCCCAAAGAGCGAGGAUGGAUGGCUUGAGAAUAUACGACUCAACGAAGGUCAUAAUGCCAAGGUAAUAGCCGCUAACGCGAUCAAGAACAAUGAUCGUUCCACCAAACUUUGGACCGAAGCCAUGAAACUGGAGACCGAUAUCCGAGCAAAGAAGAAUGUUCUCAGACAAGCUAUCUUGCAUAUUCCUCAGUCGGUAGAAAUCUGGAAGGAAGCGGUCAAUCUAGAAGACGAUCCUGCAGAUGCUCGCCUUCUCUUAGCCAAGGCCGUUGAGAUGAUUCCUCUGUCGGUCGAAUUAUGGCUAGCUCUUGCCCGUUUGGAGACACCGGAAAAUGCGCAAAAGGUUCUCAACGCUGCGCGCAAGGCUGUUCCUACCAGCUAUGAAGUUUGGAUUGCUGCCGCCCGUCUUCAGGAGCAGAUGGGCACUUUUGAAAAGGUUAAUGUUAUGAAGCGUGCGGUCCAGUCCCUCGCCAGAGAACAUGCGAUGCUGAAGCGAGAGGAAUGGAUCAGCGAAGCCGAACGUUGCGAGGAAGAAGGCGCCAUUCUCACAUGUUGCGGGAUUAUCCGUGAAACCCUUGGAUGGGGCCUGGACGAGGAUGAUGACCGGAAGGACAUCUGGAUGGAUGACGCAAAAUCAAGCAUUGCUCGGGGCAAAUACGAAACUGCACGAGCAAUAUAUGCGUAUGCGCUGCGGGUCUUUGUCAACCGCCGGUCAAUCUGGCUUGCUGCCGCUGAUCUUGAGCGCAACCAUGGCAGCAAAGAAGCUCUCUGGCAGGUUCUCGAAAAGGCAGUGGAAGCUUGCCCUCAAAGCGAAGAGCUUUGGCUCCAACUGGCCAAAGAGAAAUGGCAAUCUGGUGAAAUCGAUGAUGCCCGACGAGUCCUUGGACGUGCUUUUAACCAGAAUCCCAACAACGAAGAUAUCUGGCUCGCCGCUGUCAAGCUCGAAGCAGAUGCCAAGCAGACAGAUCAGGCUCGAGAGCUCCUGGCCACCGCCCGUCGGGAAGCUGGUACGGAUCGUGUCUGGAUCAAGAGUGUUGCUUUUGAACGUCAACUAGGAAACACUGAUGAAGCAUUGGAUCUCGUCAAUCAGGGAUUGCAGCUUUAUCCCAAGGCCGACAGGCUUUGGAUGAUGAAGGGUCAAAUAUAUGAGGCACAGAACAAGUUCCCACAAGCACGCGAGGCUUAUGGAACCGGUACCCGAGCUUGCUCCAAAUCCGUGGCCCUGUGGCUGCUGGCCUCGCGACUAGAAGAAAAGGCGGGAGCUGUCGUUCGAGCUCGAUCAGUACUCGACCGAGCUCGUCUGGCUGUACCUAAGAGUGCCGAGCUUUGGACUGAAAGCGUGCGAGUGGAACGUCGCGCGAACAACGUGGCGCAGGCGAAGGUACUCAUGGCCAGAGCACUUCAGGAGGUACCGACCUCUGGUCUCCUAUGGAGCGAAAGCAUCUGGCAUCUCGAACCCCGCCCUCAGCGCAAAGCGCGCAGUCUCGAGGCAAUCAAAAAGGCCGAGAAUGACCCUGUCUUGUUCAUCACCGUUGCUCGGAUUUUCUGGGGUGAGCGGCGACUGGAGAAAGCGAUGACGUGGUUUGAGAAAGCCAUCGUCUCGGACAGUGACUACGGGGAUGGCUGGGCAUGGUAUUACAAGUUCCUAUUGCAGCAUGGGACAGAGGAUAAACGAUCUGACGUGAUAUCCAAGUGCGUCUCGACCGAGCCCAAGCACGGUGAGGUUUGGCAGUCCAUCGCUAAAGACCCAGUCAACGUAAAUAAAUCGACCGAAGAGAUCCUAAAGCUGGUUGCUGACACCAUCAAUUGA